AUGUCCAUCUCAACGGCGGGGAGGCCGGAGCCGUCGGUGCGAUGGUGGCGCGGCGAGCGGCUGCUGGAGUCCCGGGAGCUGCCUGCUGGAACGCGCAUCCGCAAGCGGCUGCUUCUGGUGCCGCGCCUCUCCAGGGCCGACCUGCACGCCGCGCUCACUUGCCAGGCCGUCAACAGCAACCUCACGCUCCCCGCUGAGGCCAGAGUCGCCCUCGACAUCAACUUCAGGCCGCUGUUGACGAGCAUCGAGCUGGAGGAGCAGCCGCUGUCCUCGGGACGCAGGUACCACAUCACUUGCCGGACGGUGGGGUCGCGACCGCCUGCUGCCGUCUCCUGGUGGCUGGACAACACGCGACUCAUCACCAGCACCGACCAGGUGUCCUCUGACAGCAACGAGACGCUGUCGACGCUGUCGCUGACACCAUCACAAGGCGACAACGGCCGCCUGCUCACGUGUCGGGCAGAGAACUCGCACGUGCGCGCCGGCAUCCAGGAGCACUCCGUCAAGCUGUCCGUCUACUAUGCACCCACGAGCGAGCUGCGCCUGGGACAGCGGAUGCGCCCAGACGACAUCAAGGAGGGCAGCGAUGUCUACUUCGAGUGCCGUGUGCGAGCUAACCCGCCGGCCUACAAAGUGACCUGGAAAUUCCAGGGCCAGACGCUGGUGCAGAACGCGUCGGCUGGCGUCAUCGUGACGGACGAGGCGCUGGCCUUGCAGUCGGUCGGCAGGCAGGACGCCGGCGACUACUCCUGCGUCGCCAGCAACGUGGAGGGAGACGGCGAGAGCCCGCCGCUGGUGCUGCGCGUCAAGUACAAGCCGGUGUGCCAAGGCGGGCAGCGGCAAGUGUUCGCGGUGUCGCCCUACGAGUCGGCGCACGUGCGGUGCUCGGUGGACGCCGCCCCGCCGCCUCGCGGCUUCCGCUGGGCCUUCAACAACUCCGCCGAGACGCUGCAGGUGCCGCAGUCGCGCUUCAACUGGUCGGCCGCUGCCUCGGAGCUGGUCUACACGCCGGUAGCGGACGGCGACUACGGCUCCCUCCUCUGCUGGGCCCACAACGCCAUUGGCCAGCAGCAACAGCCGUGCGUCUUCCACGUGAUGCCAGCAGGGCGUCCCGACAUGCCGUCCAACUGCUCGCUGCUCAACCAGACGUCGCAGUCGGUGGCGGUGCAGUGCGUCGAGGGCUUCGACGGCGGCCAGCCGCAGAGCUUCCUGCUGGAGGUGGUGGACGGGGCCUCGGGCCACCUGCUGUUCAACAUGACGCAGCCGUCGCCCACCUUCCUGGUGGACGGCCUGGCAGCGGGACAGCUUCUGCAGCUGCGCGUCUCCGCCUUCAGCGCCAAGGGUCGCAGCGAGGCCUUCGUCGUGGACGCCGCCACGCUACUGCCGGCAGAAGUGAGGGCAGGGUCAGAGCCGGAGGCUGCAUCGUCGCCCAGAGGGACACCGGUCGCGCCAGAUCCAGAGCCGCCGCCCCCACCUCAGCCCCAGGCAGCGGGCGGCCUGCGGACACAGCCGCCCCCGCAGGUCUUCAGCGUUUGCUCCUCCACCCCUGGCGCUUACGUGCCGCACCCGACCACUUUGCGGCGGCCGUCGAAGGCCUGUCUACGGCAGGCGGACGAGCAGCCGGAAGUGACGUACGCCGAGCUGCGCCUGCCGCCAGCCGAAGCGGAGCCCGCGGCGCGCCCGUGGCGGCGCCACGAGCCUGUCAUCUACGCACAGAUAGACCACGUGUCGGCGUCGACGUCGGCGCUGUCGGCGCUGUCCCCGAGAUCGCCACCACCAGCGAGUCUUCAGAGGACGGCGUCUCCGCCGCACAGCCUGCCCCUGCUGGAGCACAUGCACCCCGAGGUGGUGACGGUCCGCACGCCUCUCAUGUCUGGCCAGCAGGAGAGCUGUGUUUAG